AUGGGGGAGUUGAUUGUUUUUUACUCACCAAUAAUCUGUGUUUUCCAGGUGGGGAGGGAGACUGUACAAACUACAGAGGACCAGAUCAUGAAAAGGGACAUGCCACCAGCUUUUAGCAAAGUGGAGACUGCAUGCACUAAACUGGUGCAGGCUGCCUCCAUGCUGAAAGCUGACCCGUACUCCGUCCCUGCUCGGGAUUACCUCAUCGAUGGCUCGCGGGGCAUCCUCUCUGGGACCUCUGACCUGCUCCUGACCUUUGACGAAGCUGAGGUCCGAAAAAUAAUCCGUGUGUGCAAAGGCAUCCUGGAGUACCUGACGGUGGCCGAGGUGGUGGAGUCCAUGGAGGACCUGAUCACGUACACAAAGAACCUGGGUCCAGGAAUGACAAAGAUGGCGAAGAUGAUCGAUGAGCGACAGCAGGAGCUGACUCACCAGGAGCACCGCGUGAUGUUGGUGAACUCCAUGAACACAGUCAAAGAGCUGCUGCCCAUCCUCAUCUCAGGUAUCAAAAUCUUUGUGACAACCAAGACGUCUGGCGGCCAGGGUGUGGAGGAGUCCUUGAAGAAUCGGAACUUCACUUUUGAGAAGAUGAGCGCGGAGAUAAAUGAGAUCAUCAGAGUGCUGCAGCUGACGUCCUGGGACGAAGAUGCCUGGGCCAAUAAGGACACAGAGGCCAUGAAGAGGGCUCUGGGGCUUAUCGACUCAAAGAUAGCUCAAGCUAAGAACUGGCUGAGAGAUCCAAACGCUCAACCAGGGGACGCAGGUGAGCAGGCCAUCCGCCAGAUCCUUGAUGAAGCCGGGAAAGUUGGUGAACUGUGUGCUGGGAAGGAACGCAGAGAUAUCCUGGGCACUGCCAAGACUCUGGGCCAGAUGACUGACCAGGUGUCUGAUAUCAGGGCCAGAGGUCAGGGGGCAUCCCCGGCCGCCAUGCAGAAGGCACAGCAGGUUUCCCAGGGGCUCGACGUGCUAACUGGCAAGGUGGAAAAUGCUGCUCGCAAGCUGGAGGCCAUGACUAACUCCAAGCAGGCCAUCGCCAAAAGGAUUGAUGCUGCCCAGAGCUGGCUGGCAGACCCUAACGGCGGCCCAGAGGGAGAAGAGAACAUCAGGGCCCUGCUCACCGAGGCCAAAAGGAUUGCAGACAUGUGUGAGGAUCCCAAAGAAAGAGAGGACAUCUUGCGCUCGAUUGGAGAUAUCGCUGCCAUGACUGCCAAGUUGUCUGAUCUCAGGAGACAGGGUAAAGGUGACACUCCUGAGGCCAGAGCUUUGUCUAAACAGAUCGCAACAGCUCUGCAGAACCUGCAGUCCAAGACCAACAAAGCUGUGGCCAACAGCAGGCCUGCAAAGGCAGCUGUUCACUUGGAAGGAAAAAUCGAGCAGGCGCAGCGCUGGAUUGAAAAUCCCACCAUAGAUGACAGCGGUGUGGGUCAGGCAGCCAUCCGCGGGCUGGUGGCAGAGGGCCGCAGGCUGGCCAACGCUCUGCAGGGCCCCUACAGGCAGGAGCUGCUGGGUAAAUGUGAGCUGGUGGAGCAGCUCAUGGCCCAGCUGGCCGACCUGGCUGCCCGCGGGGAAGGGGACUCUCCCCAGGCACGGGCUGUUGCUCAGCAGCUCCAGGAGGCUCUGAAAGACCUGAAAGGGAAGAUGCAGGAGGCGAUGACUCAGGAGGUGUCUGACAUCUUCAGUGACACCACCACCCCCAUCAAGCUGCUGGCAGUGGCUGCCACCGCCCCCCUGGACGCCCCUAACAGAGAUGAGGUAUUUGACGAAAGGGCUGCCAACUUCCAGAACCACGCCAAUAAGCUUGGCACCACAGCAGAGAAAGCUGCUGCUGUCGGCACUGCCAACAAAAGCACAGUGGAGGGAAUCCAGGCUGCUGUCAAGUCAACAAGAGACUUAACACCACAAGUGGUAUCUGCGGCUCGUAUUCUGCUGAGAAACCCUGGCAACCAAGCGGCAUACGAACAUUUUGAAACCAUGAAGAAUCAGUGGAUCGACAACGUGGAGAAAAUGACAGGUCUGGUGGACGAGGCCAUCGAUACCAAAUCCUUGCUGGAUGCCUCAGAGGACGCCAUCAAGAAGGACCUGGAGAAGUGCCGUUUGGCCAUGGCCAACCACCAGCCUCAGAUGCUGGUCGCCGGCGCCACCAGCAUCGCCCGCAGAGCCAACCGUAUCCUCCUGGUGGCGAAGCGAGAGGUGGAGAACUCUGAGGAUCCUAAAUUCAGGGAGAUGGUGAAGGCUGCGUCUGACGAACUGAGCCAGACCAUUUCUCCUAUGGUGAUGAAUGCUAAAGCAGUAGCUGGAAAUAUCAAGGAUCCAAGUCUUCAGAAAGGCUUUCUGGACUCAGGUUAUAAUAUUCUUGGUGCCGUGGCAAAGGUCAGAGAGGCCUUCCAGCCCCAAGAGCCAGACUUCCCACCACCUCCUCCUGAACUGGAUCAGCUUAAUCUUAACGAUGAGGCAGCACCACCCAAACCUCCUCUUCCCGAGGGUGAGGUUCCUCCCCCCAGGCCUCCUCCCCCAGAGGAGAAAGAUGAGGAGUUCCCCGAGCAGACUGGUGAUAUGGUGAACGAGCCCAUGAUGGUGGCUGCCAGGCAGCUCCACGAGGAAGCUCGCAAAUGGUCCAGCAAAGGAAACGACAUCAUUGGUGCUGCAAAACGAAUGGCCUUGCUCAUGGCUGAAAUGUCUCGUCUGGUGCGUGGAGGCGGCGGAAACAAGCGCGCCCUCAUCCAGUGCGCCAAGGACAUCGCUAAGGCUUCUGAUGAAGUCACACGGCUGGCCAAGGAGGUGGCCAAGCAGUGUACUGACAAGCGUAUCCGGACCAACCUGCUCCAGGUGUGUGAGCGCAUUCCCACCAUCAGCACUCAGCUCAAAAUCCUCUCCACAGUCAAGGCCACCAUGUUGGGUCGUACCAACAUCAGUGAAGAGGAGUCAGAGCAGGCUACUGAGAUGUUGGUCCACAAUGCUCAGAACCUGAUGCAGUCCGUGAAGGAGACGGUCAGAGAGGCCGAGGCAGCUUCCAUUAAGAUCCGGACGGACGCAGGUUUUGCCCUUCACUGGAUCAGAAAGACCCCCUGGUACCAGUAAGAGAAGGGCCCCUGUUCCUCCGGUUAUUGUUGGUUCUAUCUAGCGAUCCAGGAGGACAUUGAAUGUACAGAUAUAUUCUUUAUCAGAGCUAUGAUAUCGGUGCCCGUCACUCUAAGGAGGGUGAUCCUUCUCUGCUAGUCCCUUGUCCUGUCUGUAACAGUUGCUGUUCUGGUAGAAAGUAGACAAUGGGACUAUCAGGGCGAGUUAUGGGUUAGAUUCUUACUGGGGAUGUCUUUUUUUCUAAAAGUGUGUAAAAAAUGUGUUUUUAAGCUUAUUUUGACAAAUCCCAGGAAUAUAUACUGUAUUUUUGAUUAGAGGUCUGAUUACAUAUAAUGCAAGGAUUGUUUUUGGCCUCUUCUAAACACAAACCUUAAGUUAAAUUAAAAAAAAAACGAAAUGUUCUCAAGAGACAUUUUUAUAUCUUUGUACUGAUACUUUAACCUUUACUAUCAUGUAUUCAUCUUUAUAAGCACAUGAACUUUAGGAGUUUUACAAGUACAGUACAGAUGCUCAGCUCACGCAAAAUGUAGGGUUAUGCCUGUUUACACUAUUCUAUAUGCUCACAAGUGAAAGUGAACACUGUUCAUUGUUUUACAUAUUGUAAUGCAAUUGUAGCAUUCUUUAUUUUCUUAAGAGUUCUGCCAAAGACUUUCUGCCAUGAUCUUUGAAAGUAAAGUUGCCUUUUUUUGGUCAGAAAUACAUAUUUAGUUACUUAAAAAAGUAACUUAAAAGUCUGCCAACAGCAAGUAAAGAUACUUAAACAACUAAUUCUAGAUAUGUGUAAUGUUUCACAUGUUGCAAUGAGACUUCAUGUAAGAAACAGGCUUGUGCUACAGUAUGAGGCCUCAUAGCCAAACAAAUAUUACUCUGAUUUACACAGCAAGCUAACAAAGCUUCCUUUUCUUAACACGGCACACAGCUUGUCUCAUGUGCACAAUAAAACAUUUUGUUGUGAUAUAUGAAUUGCACACUUCUCCUAGGUAGUACAUGACCAGAGGUUAGAUAAGGAGCACUGUGUCAUCUGCAGCUGAUGCAAUGUUAUGCUAUCACAUUUGUCUGAACACACUAAACAUAACUGGCCACUAUUUCUGGCGACCGUAGUUGAUAUUUUGAAAUAUCUGAAGACUGUUAGAGUGAAUGUGUCUUUUUAAGUAUCUACUACAAACUGAUGUGCCUUGGAUAAUAAACUUUAUCUGCAACGGGUACAGUUUUGAUUUACAGAUGUUUUGUAUGAGGUAUGAUAGUGUUGAUUUAUUCAAAAACACUUGUUGUACAUGAUUCUUCUAUAAGGUAACCCCGCUUCAUGACUUUUACUUCAUGUCAAAUGAUGCUCUAUGCAAACCCAGAGAAUGUUUGUUCAAAAUGAUGUCACUUGGUUGGGGUUUAAAUGGGCCUGAACAACAUUUUGCUGAGGCAAUGUUCACUAUUUUGUAAUAAAGCAUUUUAUAGCACUUUGAGGUGUGUUUGCUCUAUAA